AUGCUUCCCAUGCCUGGUGCGCCUUCGUCGUCUUGGGUUCUGUUCCGCCAAAGGCUGUCUACCAUGCUUGGCCAUGUCGACAAACGCGUCGUUGGCUCAUUCUGGCUUUUUGGCCUCAUCAACAACGUUCUCUAUGUGAUAAUCCUCAGCAGCGCUCUGGAUCUUGUUGGCCCCGCCGUGCCCAAGUCUCUCGUCUUGCUCUUCGAUGUCGUGCCUUCCUUCCUGGUCAAGCUGACCGCUCCGUAUUACAUCCAUCUCGUGCCCUACAAUCUGCGCAUCCUAGCAUUCGUCGCUCUCUCCACAUGCGGCAUGCUGCUCGUCGCACUGAGUCCCUCGGCCGCUGACCCCAACGUAAACGGAGGCUCUAUCUCUGUAAAGAUGCUUGGAGUGAUACUGGCUUCUAUAAGCAGCGGCGGAGGGGAACUUAGCUUCCUGGGUCUGACGCACUUCUAUGGCCCUUCCAGUCUGGCGGCCUGGGGCUCAGGAACUGGUGGUGCAGGUCUGGUUGGAUCGGGCGCAUACGUCCUGGCUACGAGCGCCUUGGGUCUUAGCGUCCGAACCAGUCUGCUGGCCUUCUCCUUCCUGCCAGUCAUCAUGCUGUUCAGCUUCUUCGUCUUGCUGCCGGCCAAGCCCAAAAGUCAUGACUACAUCGCUGCUGCCCAGCACGACGCAGAUGCAGACACCGAGUCGCUGCUGAAUGACGCUGUCGAAGAUGACCGUCCAGCUUCACCCCCCAUGCUUAGUCAAGCAUCUCAGUCCUCGGAUACCUGGCACAACCUCAAGGUUAACUUCCUCCGAGCCAAGAGGCUCUUCUUUCCAUAUAUGCUGCCUCUGCUCCUUGUAUACGUGGCCGAGUACACGAUCAAUCAAGGUGUCGCGCCUACACUGCUCUUUCCCCUUGAUGAGACACCGUUUGAGCAUUACCGCUCCUUCUACCCGACGUACAAUGCUAUAUAUCAGCUAGGUGUCUUCAUAUCGCGCUCUUCGUUGCCCUUUGUCACGAUACACGCCUUGUACCUUCCUUCGCUCUUGCAGUGCCUCAACUUGGCAAUACUGGCAAUGCACGCCAUGUUUCCAUUCCUACCGAACAUAUGGAUCGUCUUCGCGAUCACAUUCUGGGAAGGAUUACUCGGAGGAAUCGUCUAUGUCAGCACGUUCCGCAGGAUCGGAGAGGAGGUGGCAGAGAACGAUAGAGAGUUCAGUCUGGGAGCGACUUCAGUAUCGGACUCGGGUGGUAUCUGUAUUGCAGGCUUCCUCGGAAUGGCGGUCGAGACAGGGCUGUGUGGGUGGCAGGUGGCGCACGGCAGGGACUGGUGCACGAGACUCUGA